CGCAGCAGCAAGCAAUACGGAGACCGAGUGCGAAUACGCCAUACUAAAUUCUACCUACAACAUACGCAAUAUGGCGCUCCCUACACCAACUAUCGAUCUCCUGCUGAAUCUCAUCGACACGCGGCCACAAUCCAUCCUGCAGACCCUUGAGCAGCACCCUCAGCUUGCCUCAGCCCGCGAUGCACACGGCUACUCGCUCGUCCACGCUGCCGCCUCCUACAAUCAGCUGAAUGUCCUGCGCCAGCUGGUCCAAAAGUACUCUGUUGACGUCGACAUCCUCGAUGAGGAUGGCGAGACCGCACUGUUUGCGACAGAAAACGCCGAAGUCGCAAAAUGUCUGGUCGAGGAGCUGAGUGCCAGUGUGAACACAAGGAAUAGCGAGGGCAAGACAGCAGAGGAGAAGAUCGGUGAGGAGGAGGGCGAGGGCCACGAGGUAUAUCAGUAUUUGAGGAGUCGAAGGACAGGUGGUGAGCCUGUGGCCGCUGGUGUUGUUGAGACAGACGGUGUGCACCCUCCUCCGCCGCUGCCCAACGGCGUGCAGAUCAACAUGGGCACAAUGGCAGAAGAUGCUGUUGGAGAGGCACCAGACCCAGAGAUUCGGAGGAGGAUUGAUGAGCUGGCGGCCAGAGAGGACUUUCAGACUCCGGAGGUGCAGCAGCAGUUGAGGGAGCUUAUUCAAGAGGUCGUUGGGGGGAUGGGAGCGGACCAGGGAGAGCGAAAUGUCAGGCAGAGGACCAAUUGAAAGCGGUGCAAAUCGUUGCACGCAUCAAGGACAACGCUUGCCAAUCACGCUGGCGAUAUGGAAGACAGAAGAAGCCCUUGCAUGGCUGGGCGGCUGGCUUUCAGGUAGCAAGAAGAGUUGGCUGCAGGCAUAUUUCUGAAAAUGUGGG